ACCUCAACUUCGUGUAAUCCGACGUUUUCUUUUUUCGUGUCUGUCUUAGUUGGGCGGUAGAUAAACAAACUGAUCAGACGGAGUUUACAAUGUUUUAGCGUAUUUGAAUUUCAUAUCCAUUUUUGUCUUCUUCUCAUUCAUUUAGGACUCUGAAAGUUGGGUGAAAACACUAUUCAAGACUCUUUGGAUCAGGGAAGAAGAAGAAGAAGAAGAUGGUUACUGAUAAUGUUUACACCAAUGGAGCAAUCCCCACCAAUAACAACAACAACGUGUUAGAGGAGAAAGUAGACGAGAUUAGACGCAUUCUCGGCAAGCCAGACGGAGACUUACUUCGAAUCGUCGGAGUCGGCGCAGGAGCAUGGGGGAGUGUUUUCCUUGCUCUGCUCCAAGACAGUUACGGUCAAUUCAGGAACAAGAUUCAAAUAAGACUAUGGAGAAGACCGGGAAGAGCAGUUGAAAGAGCUACAGCAGAACAUCUAUUCGAAGUGAUCAAUUCAAGGGAGGAUGUGUUAAGAAGGUUGAUAAGAAGAUGUGCUUAUUUGAAAUACGUCGAAGCACGGUUAGGAGACAGGACACUUUACGCGGACGAGAUAUUGAGAGAUGGGUUCUGCUUGAAUAUGAUCGAGACGCCACUUUGUCCGAUCAAAGUUGUUACUAAUUUACAAGAGGCUGUUUGGGAUGCUGAUAUUGUUGUAAAUGGAUUGCCUUCUACUGAAACAAGAGAGGUUUUUGAAGAGAUUAGUAAGUAUUGGAAAGAAAGACUUACAAUGCCUAUUAUUAUUUCCUUGGCGAAAGGGAUCGAGGCUGCAUUGGAACCAUUUCCUCGUAUAAUCACGCCUACGCAAAUGAUAAGCCGUGCAACUGGAGUGCCUGUCGAGAACAUUCUAUACCUGGGGGGGCCGAAUAUAGCUUCGGAGAUUUACAACAAGGAAUACGCCAAUGCGCGAAUAUGUGGAAGCGAGAAAUGGAGGGUGCCCUUGGCUAAGUUUUUGAGGCAGCCUCAUUUCAUUGUUUGGGACAAUAGUGAUCUCGUUACUCACGAGGUCAUGGGAGGACUAAAGAACGUUUACGCCAUUGGCGCGGGGAUGGUUGGAGCUCUAACUAACGAAAGUGCCACGAGCAAAUCAGUGUAUUUUGCUCAUUGCACCUCGGAAAUGAUAUUUAUCACGCAUUUAUUGGCUGAAGAACCGGAGAAGUUAGCCGGGCCUUUGUUGGCAGACACAUAUGUGACGCUCUUAAAAGGUAGAAAUGCAUGGUAUGGUCAAAUGAUAGCUAAAGGACAACUUAGCCUUGACAUGGGUACUAGCAUAAGUGGGAAGGGAAUGAUUCAGGGAGUUUCGGCAGUUGGAGCUUUCUAUGAACUUCUGAGUCAGGCGAGUCUAAGCGUUCCACAUCCCGAAGAAGAAAACAAGUCAGUUGCACCUGUUGAGCUUUGUCCAAUUUUGAAGACACUGUAUAAAAUUCUCAUAACAAGGGAACAAAAGCCACAUGCAAUUCUUCAGGCGUUGAGGGAUGAGACACUGAAUGAUCCUAGAGACAGGAUUGAGAUUGCUCAGAGCCAGGCUUUCUACAGGCCUUCCCUUCUUGGGCAGCCUUGAAUUUUCAGACAUAAUUACCAGAAUUUUCAAUUUGAAGCUUCAUUCUGAUGUAAUCCUAUGAUCUUCAAUUUAAUAUGAUAUGGAAGUUUUUGGAUCA